AUGCUUCCGUCCGGAAAGCCGCCGAACAACAGCUUUUGGGGCUCGAAAUGCAACAAGGUUUUGGGGGUAAUGUUAAUCGAGUUGGUGGUGAAUAAUGAGGCGCCAGCCGAGAUUCGUAUAGCUGCCGCUGUGGCUCUCAAGAACUUUGUGAAAAGAUUAUGGAGUGAUCACGUUGAACAAGAACUACCAGAAACCGAGCAGAAGACGAUUCGAACGGCCGCUUUGCAGGCAAUGCUCGCUAGUCAAGGAAAUAUCCGAAGUCAACUUUCGCAUACAGUCUAUCUGAUGGCUAAGAAAGAUUUCCCUGAACGAUGGCCCGAUUUGGUUUCUUCGCUCGCCGUUCUGUUAACACAAGAUGAUUUCGACAAAAUUGUUGCAACACUUUCCACUUUAGAUCAAUUGUUUGAAAAAUACAGGCAUGAAAGCAAGUCAACCGAACUUUGGACCGAAUUAAAGAUCUGUUUGAUUGCCACUCAGGAACCGCUAACGACACUUUUUAUCAAGAUGGCUGCGUUUAUUCCUCAAAGGGAACAGAUGAACGUGAAAGACGUGGGAUCUUGGUUAGAGAUUCUUCUCUUCAUUUCUCACAUUUACCAUUCAAUUACUAGCGCUGCCGGGGAACCCACAGCUCUUGACAAAAUCAAAUCUGAAAUCUGCACAACUGUCACAUUGUAUGCACAACGAUACGAAGAAGAGAUUCGACCGUAUAUGGAACCGUUUACGCAAGCGAUUUGGAAUCUUCUGGUGCAAACCGGCGUUGAAACAAGGUAUGAUGGUAUGGUCUGUGCGGCUUUGGAUUUUCUGUCAGCAAUCAGCGAGCGCCCUCAAUAUGAAUCGAUGUUCCAAAGUGAAGAAGUUCUCAAAACAAUCGCAAUCGAUGUGGCUGUCAAAAACCUUCGUUUGAGGGAGGAGGAUAUCGAGAUGUUUGAGGAUGAGCCACUUGAGUAUAUGAAAAAGGAUAUUGAAGGGACGGAUACGGGAACCCGGCGAAGAGGUGGAAUUGACCUCGUUCGGAGUCUCUGCAAAAGAUUUGAACCACAAAUUGCGGCCAUUCUAUCACAGGAGAUUGCAUCUAAAAGCGGCAACAACAAUUGGUAUGAGAAAGAUGUAAUUUAUUGUCUGGUCACUGCUAUGGCAUCAAAGGGAGAAACUCAUAAAAGUGGAGCAACUAACACGAGUACGCUGAUUGAUAUUCCCCAAUAUUACCGCAGCAACGUACAUUCUGAUUUGGUCACCGAUAUCAAUUCAAAUGCGAUUUUGAAAGCUGAUGCAAUCAAGUUCUUGGUUACAUUCCGCAAUCAAAUUGCGCCCGAGGACAUCGUUGCAUCAAUUAAUGUGUUGUUGGCACUCUUGGGCAGUACCAAAACACAGGUGCAUAAAUAUGCUGCCUGGGCUUUGGAGCGGUUACUUAUCAUGAGAAUCAACGGGCAGCCAAUCUUUUCAUCGGCGAACGUCCAAGUGGCGCCACUUCUAACAGCACUUGUUAGCUGUUUUGAUUCUGAUCCAAAGGCCGAAAUGUCUCCUUAUUUGAUUAAGGCAUUGAUGAGAGUCGUUGGCGUAAUGGAUGCUUCAACGGCGUCGGCUGGUGGACAAAUAGCUGCUCGUCUAGUGACAAUGGUUGAGACGGCGAUCAAGAAUCAAGCAAACCCAGUUCAUACCCAUUUCCUCUUUGAAACAAUGUGCAUCCUGAUUAAAAAAGCUUCUUCUCAUGUUGCUGGCGGUCUAGAUUCAUCGUUAUUACCGCUUGUUGAAACAAUAUUGGCCCAAAAUCUCGAAGAUUUAAUUCCAUAUGCUCUACAAAUAACAGGCGUCUUGCUACUGACUUGCAUCACUCGGGAUGCACCCAAGGAUGCGUACUUCGGAUUUUUGGGAUUUCUCUUGCGACCCGAGCUAUGGGCGAGAUCUUCGAAUGUCCCCGCAGCCUUGUAUUUGAUUGAAAUCUACUUGAAGGCAGCACCUGAGCGAGUCAUGAACGAGCAUGGAACGACUAUCUUUGCCCAAUACACUAGACUGAUUGCUUCUAAAAAUCUUGACAAGUAUGGUUUUCAGCUAGCCUUUGCUGUGUUGCCGAGCAUGGAAUUUGCCAAUGGGGUGACUGAACCCUACGCCGUGCUUUUCAAUAACAUGCUCAAACGUCUGCAGGGUAGUCGAACACCUAGCUUUGCAAAGAACUUUUUGAUUUUUCUUGCCAAGUUUGCCAUUAUUCUUAAUGCUCCUACUUUGGCUCGGGCUCUUGAAUCAAUUCAAUCUGGCCUCUUUUCAAUGAUUAUGCAACGUGUUGCCGGUCCUGGUUUUGAAGAGUUCAAGAAUCUGACAACAACCGAAGAAAAGCGGACAAUUGCCAUAGGAUACGGAACAAUUUUCAGAGACUGCUCACAAAUGUUAGGAGAAUCGCGAAUUCCACUCGCUCAAAGCGUACUUCAACUUUUGGAGGCGCCAGCUGUGACAGCAAAUUUUGGUUUAACGAUAGAAGAUGAGCAGGUGUCAAUGUACAAUGCCGAAGGAGAAUUUGUGAAUCCCUUCAGCAAAUUGGCCUCCGCCGGAAAGGAAGACGUGUUGGCGCCUAACAUUUCGGAUCACAAAGGCUUUUUCACCGAGUGCAUGAGGGUC